AUGAAAGAAAAUUUCUUUUUCUUUCUUUAUUUAAUUUCUUUUUUUUCUUUCUUUCUUCCUUUCUUUCUUUUAAUUUUUUUAUCUUUUCAUUUUAUAAAUAUUUCUUUAUUUCUCCCUUUCUUCAAACCGGACAAAUUUUUUUUAAAAUUCUUUCUUUUCUUUCUUCAUUUUUUUUUCUUUCUUUUACAAAUUUUCAUUCUCUCUCUAAUUUAUAUUUCUUUUUAUUUUUCUAUUCAUUUUCUUCAUUUCUUUAUUUUUUCUUUCAUUCAAAAAAUUUUUUUUUUUCUUUUUUUUCUUUCUUUCUUUCUUUCUUUUUUCUUUCUUUUUUUUUCUUUCUUUUCACUUUCAUCUCUAAAACAUUUUUUUUAUAUUUCUUUCUUUCAUCAUCGGACAAAUUUUUUUCUUCUUCUUCCUUCUUUCUUUUCUUUCUUUUUUUCUUUUUUCUUAUAUUUCUUUCUUUUUUUCUUUCUUUUCACAUUCAGUGUUAGAAUCAGUUCAAUUUUUCUUUUCAUUCCUUUUUCCUCUAUAAGUUCUUUUUUUCUUUCUUUUUUCUUUCUUUCCUUUUCAUUCAUCUCUGAAUUACAAGUUCAUUUCUUUCUUUUUAUCUAUUUCCUAUAUUCUUUUUUUUCUUUUCUUUCUUUCUCUUUUCUUUUUUCUGGUUUCUUUCGUUUCAUUCUUUUUUUUAGAUACAUUUUUAUUUUUAUUUAUUUAUUUCCUAUAUUUAAAUCUCUUUUUUAA